AUGAAAUAUACAGAAUUCAUGAUUGCUAACCAACACAAUAAUGCAGCUGUUCCGUACAAUCUCAAUGCAGCGAAUCGGCAACAAAGACAGAUACAGAUAGUUGAUGCAAACACAUUGCAACCUUUAGCGGGAUCAGUGGUUAACGAAGGGUACAAACAUGAUGACGUUGCUGCUCACAGUACCCAAGUAGUGUAUGGAACUGCUGCUGCUACUAACUUUGCACCUAUAGUGGGCCAGAGUAUUCAGCUUGUCUCCUCAGUACCCAGUGCAGUGGAUUUAGCAAACAAUGCAUAUGAAUCGUCAAUGGUUGUUCCUCAAGAGGCUUCACAAACAGGUGUGGAUAUUGAGCCUAUCGAUUUGGAGGAGGUUCAGAAAAUUCAGGCUCGCAUGCCAGCUGCUGAUCCGAAUGCUCCCGUUGGUUCGAACAAAAAUCCUAUUAGGAUUAUACAACAAGGCAAUCAGUACAUAACUACACAAGAUGUAUCUGAUGAACAUUUGCAACAAAUCAUUCAAGUAUUAACAAACCAGGCGUUACUGUCAAGCAGUGGUUCUCGACCAAGUGCUAUUUAUAAUCGUCUCACAAAUCGCCGUAUUAUAUUCCGUGUAACGCGCGCAAAGCGUCGUCGUAACGGUAGUAAUGCUGAAUCAACUAGCCAUAGUAUCGAGCGGAAUAGGCCCAGCAUUACCAUUAAGAGCGAAAAGAAAAGCCGAGCAGGUAGACCUAUUGGGCGGAAGCGUAGGAAGCGUGGUUCGGAUGAGGAAGAUCCUGACUUUGAACCUGAGGUACCAGAAGAAGAAGUCCUGCCGUUCCCACUUAUUAGACGAACUUCUGCAUCUGGUCGUGUAUCGAAACCACCAAAACACUUGGUUAAAGAUUACAAACAUUUACGUUUAGAAGACUUAACAUCUAAACCGGAAUCAAGCGAAGAAGAUGAACAUUCAGAUGGAGGUUAUUCCGACUAUAUCAACGAUGGACUUUCUGAUGAGGGUUGGUCGGAGGAUGGAACUAACAAAAGUCUACGUUGGCCAUGUCCUCUAUGUACUAAAGUGUUUACUUCUCGUGCUGGAGUCGCCCGACAUCGCAGUAUCGCUCAUGGACCUAAUCGUGGCCGACCUCGGGGUCGCUGGGCUAAUCCCUACAUGGCCAGUGUUCGACGCAGAGCUAAAUUGAAAGAGGCUGUUUCUGAGGCUACUGAUGAUGAUUUGAUCGAAUUUGUUGCACCACGCUUGUGUAAACUAAUUAGUCCUUGGGAUCAUCUUCUUUUGCGUUCUGAACAUGGUAAUCCUCCUCUCCCUCAAGUUCCUCGUGUUGUUUUGGACUACUUGAGUUUAGUAGAACGUGCUCGGGCGUUCCUUUGCAACCAAUUGGAAGCGCGACCAACAAGCUGCAAAAAGUCAAAGAGGUUAAACGACGUGAAUUCCGACGAUCAGAAAGAUGGAGGUGAUAAUAGUGCAACAAUUGAAUCUGCAGUUAACAGUGAUGAACUUGGUGUACAGUCAAAAGAUAAAUCUGAAUCUCAGUCAAAUGGGAUUGGUGAUGAUGACAAUGAGGAAGACGAUGAUGAGGACGAUAAUGAUGAUGCGAUCAUAGUUAAGGUAGAUACAGAGGAACAGUCAGCGGCUUUAGGUUUAGCUUGUGGCAAAUAUAUUGUUAAAGAACCUUUAUGUGAAGAAUAUCUACCUAGACGUUUCCGUUCAAUCUUGGCAGCUCAACGAGCUAAUGCAGCUGCAGCAGCUGCUUCUGAUUCGGAUAAAGACAGUGUUGGACAACACUCGAAACAUGCAGUCGUUGCAAUGGAAACAGCUGAGGACGACGAGGUGGACGCAACUUUGCGCAGUGACAUUGCUUCUACAGAGGAUUCAGUUCAGCAAUUUAGAGACGCUGCCAACUCAAAUCAAACUGCUGAUAGCCAAUCUCAGAACAUAGUGUCUUUGGGCGAGGAGUUGCUUCUCCUUCCUGAAGGAGGUUUAGGCUGUCCUGUACCUGACGAAUGGCUCGCCAGUGGUGCUUUUCUUACAGUCUUGACUGAAAAUGGUCAAACCAGUGAUCUAGUCAUGGAGGCUGCAACUGGUCGUUUGUUCCAUCGUCCCACAGGCCAUCUAGUCAGUCUAGCUGAUUCUCAGCAAACAAAUCAGUCUAGUGAAGUCAAUGAAUUCCAAAGUGAAACUUAUGAAUAUGCAACGAAUGUUGAUGAAAAACAAAAACCUACAACUAUGUCGACAUCUAAACAGUUUACUUCGGAAAAACGUAAGAGUGCAUCAACAAAGUCUAAAACUUCAUUAAAAUCACGAGGAAAUGAAGAACCUGAAAUCAGCAACGAUGUUAUUUCUCAACAAGAACAAAUUCUCGCUCAACUUGCUGAAAAUGGGGAUGUUAUUGAUCUGAAUACACUUUUCCCAGGAGUAUCUGUUACAGAAGUAUCACCUGGUGUUUGCUUGGUUACUAAACCGAAUGGAGAUCGUUUUAAUGUUGAGCAUGGCGGCGAAGGCUUAACGCUGGAAACACUUCAAGCCAUCUUACAGAUGGAUGCCUAG